GUGAAAGGCCGACGUAGCCGCAGCUUCCGAUACAGUCUUCGAUAAAGGUUACUUACCACGCUCUGUGUACACUUCUCGCUGUACCAUACUCAUACGCCGCCGCCGCCAUGCCUCUCAACACGUCCGCCCUUUACCCGGCCGCCAAUCCCAAGUUCGUCGCCUUCCCGUCUCGCCGCUCCGUCGUCCACAGCACAAAAGGCAUCGUGUCCUCCACGCAACCAUUGGCAUCGCAAUGCGGUAUCGAGAUCCUGCAGAAGGGCGGCAACUGCGCCGAUGCAGCCGUUGCGGUUGCGGCCGGUCUCAACAUGACUGAGCCAGGCAGCACGGGGAUUGGCGGAGAUAUGUUCUGCUUGUUCUACGACGCCAAGACGAAGAAGGUGCAUUCGCUCAAUGGAUCUGGUCGAUCAGGAAAGAACAUGACGUUGGAGAAUGUUAGGAAAAGCUUGGGCAUCAAGGAUGGAGAGGUCGGCAAGAUUCCCAUGGAUAGUGUACAUGCUGUGUCUGUGCCAGGAGCUGCGGCUGGUUGGGUCGAUACUGUGGAGAAGUUUGGUAGUGGGAAGGUCAGCAUGGAGGAGAUCCUAGAGCCGGCGGCGAGACUGGGCGAGGAAGGAUUCCCCGUCAGCGAGUUAAUGAGCUACUACUGGAAUCACUCAGAAGCCCAGAUCAAACGAGCCUCGCCGAAUGGGUCAGAAAUGCUCAAGAAAGAUCCGAACGCUCAGGACGGAUGCAGAGCACCAAAGUCUGGUGAGAUCAUGAAGAACCCGACGUUGGCAAAGACCUUUCGCGAGGUGGGCAAGAACAAGAAGGCUGGAUUCUACACUGGUCGGAUAGCGGAAGAGCUGGCAAAGGUCGUUCAAGAUCUGGGAGGACACAUCACGAUCGAGGACUUGAAGAACCACAUGGAUCUAGGAACUGAGGAGACCGAGCCGAUCAGUCUGAAGUUCAAGUCGCAAGACAUUGGCAAGUCGCAUGGUCAACACAUGCACGAUGGCAGUGAGGAAGGCGUUGAGCUUUGGGAACACCCUCCAAACGGCCAGGGAAUCGUGGCUCUCAUGGCAUUGGGAAUCAUUCAAGAGCUCGAGAAGAACGGAAAGAUCCCAAAAUUCGGUCGCGAAGAUCACAACUCCGCAACGUACCUCCACGCUGUCGUCGAAGCUCUGCGAAUCGCUUUCGCCGACGCCAAUUGGUUCGUCGCAGAUCCAAAUGUGUCAAAGGUGCCCACAAAGCAAAUGAUCAGCCCGGAGUACCUCGCCGAGCGAGCGAAGCUCUUCAGCCCAGACGCAGCGAAUCUCAACCUCGAACACGGCUCUCCAGCUCACCAACAUUCCGAUACUGUCUACUUCGCCUGCAGCGACAGCGAAGGCAACGGCAUCUCCUUCAUCAACAGCAACUACGGCGGGUUCGGCACAUGCAUCAUUCCUAAAGGCUGUGGCUUCACAUUGCAAAACCGAGCGGCCAACUUCGCUCUCCAACCUGCCAACCAUCCGAAUAUCCUCGAGCCGAACAAGAGACCUUACCACACCAUCAUCCCGGCUCUGAUCACGAACGUCAGCGACCAGAGCUUACACAGCGUCUACGGCGUCAUGGGAGGUUUCAUGCAACCUCAAGGCCACGUGCAAGUAUUGAUGAACCAGCUCGUCUUCGGCCACACGCCUCAAGCAGCACUGGACGCACCGAGGGUGUGCAUUGGCGCUGGCAUGCCGGAUGCUGGAGAUGUCAUGGAUCGGACAGUGUACCUCGAGGAGGGUAUGAGCGAGGAGACGGUUGAAGGAAUGAAGAAGCUGGGUCAUCAGAUCAAGGUUGUCAAGGGCAUGGAUCGAGGACUGUUUGGAAGAGGCCAAGUUAUUCGAUGGCAUAUGGAUCCUGUUGAAGGACGGGGCGUAUGGAGUGCUGGCAGUGAUCCGCGUGGUGACGGUGCUGCUGUGCCUUGGUAG